UCGUAUUUGAUUUUUCUUGCUUGAUGUGUAAUACAUCUUGUUUGAAGGAUGGGUCUAAAUCAACAGGGGCCAACAUAAUUUAGCUAAUUAUCAGGACUAGUAGGUUUAACUAAUUAUUCAUAACAAAAUAACUGAAGAUUUAGAAAAGGAUAAUCUGUUUUUAAAAUUGAAAGGGAUGUUUUGUUCAAUUAUUUUUCAGAUUCCCACUUUCAGAUAUUAUUAUAUACAAAUUAAUAUGAGCCACCUUGAUGAUGAAAUAAAGGUUUUGUAUGAAUUGGAAAGGAUGAAUCAAACUACUGAACUCAGAAUUAACUGUUAUACAGUGAGUGAACCUGAAUUGCGAGGAUGCUGACUUCUGCAUCAUCCUUAAUACGUAUGAUGCACCUUAAUAAGGAAUUGAAAGUUUUGUAACUACACUGAAUAAGUAAAAUAACUCAACUCGACAACAAACUCGAUUGGAAAGAUGAUCCUCACAGCGCCAAGUAUUGACCUGCUUGCCUGUGGAGGAUGAUAUCUCUUUCAGACAAUCAAGUGCGCAGUAGUAGAUUCUGUAAAAGUCUCAUCCCUUGGAUUGUUAUUUCUCAUCCAGGUCUACAUAUCAGAUUUGCUGUCAAGAAAUCAUAAUAUUACAAAAUUUCCGAGUAAAUAUGGAAUGGAAGCACAAACAUGACCCAUUAGAUUUCUAAGUAUGGCCAAUCAUAAUCACAUUAUCUCCUCAUAUUUUGGGUGGUGGUCACCGUUAUUUGCAUUGCUUAUUUAAACUCACUGUGUUUGGUUCUCACAAAUCAAAUGUAUGUUUCAUGGUACCUGUUCCCACAAGUGCCAAGUUACAACUGCUAUAUGCAUCACAGACAUGCUUCUUGUCCCUUGUCUUUUAUGACUUAUGAUUUCACUUAUUUCAUUGAUAAUUGUAUGUUUUUGGCUACUAAUAAAAAGGGCUAAACUAUGUCUGUCUAAGCACUUUUUUUCUGUUAUUUGGAUCUACUUACGUUAUGAUGACUUCUCUCUUUCAGAAUGCUUUGUGGCAACAGAGAUUUGUACACGUAGUUACAAUACAGUGCAACCUUUGCAACGAGCCCUGGAGAGAAAAUGGGAAAGUGACACAGGCUUCUCACUCAGGUGCAUGAAGAGACAGAUAAGUUCCCCAGUCACCACCCACAUUCCUCAAACGGUGAGAAGCACGACUGUGAUAAUGUUCUUUUUGAUGUAUUCCGGUGGUCUCGCUGUAAGAAACCACAACCGCAGAAGGUCAUGCAGUCAGUUGGGAUCCCAUUGGAACAUGUUGAGGUGUUGGAGGAGAAUCUUGACUGGGAGGAUGUGCACUGGUCAUAAACUGGUGUUUGGAUUGCUGGAAAAGAACACGCACUUGCUAGGGUGUGCUUUCUAUCUCCAGUUUAUAAAAAAUCGACUGGACUACUCUCCGUACCAGAGUAUUUGAGCAACCAAAACAGAAGCACUGGAACUUUGAAUAUUGGGAAAUCUGGCAUUUCUUCCAUGUAUAUAAAUCCAUUACAAGCAAUCUAUUGACAAAAGGGAAAGCAUCUUUCUGCAAUUUCUAUUUCGAUUGAACACCAUAAUCUCUUGGCAGCAGGAUGGAUGAAAAAUAAAUUAUCUGUAUCCAUGCUCUCCUGCCUGCUUGGAACACCAUUAAAAAACUAGCAAGAAUAAUGAAAUUCAACACAAGCUGAUGAUCCCAGUUCUUUGCCAAAAGCAAAUAGUAACAGCAAAGUCAGGGUCGGUUAAACCAUCUAGCUAGAAUUCGUGUGUUGAAAUACAAAAAACUAUCAGGGAAACGGGAGAUCACGGAGACUAAAUCUUGAUUAGAACAUUCCAACCCUCACAUCAAUUCGGUUAG